AUGCGUAACUUUGUCGAGAACAUGGCGUUAUGGGCCGAUAUCACUGAUCCCGAUCGGCAUUUCGAGACCGAUGUGCCGGUAAAAGCGGUUCAGGAGCCGGCUUUGCGCUCGGCGAUCUUCGCCUUCUCCUCCCGACACAUCGACCGACAGCGCAGAGUCGAUGCGUCCGAGGGUCUACAGUACCACAACCACUGCCUGCAACUUCUGAUUCCGGCCCUGUCCGGCUCGAGCACAGACAUCACGGAUGUCGUCCUUGCAACGGUUGCGAUUCUCCGACAGCACGAAGAAAUGGAGCCUGACGACAAUCAAUUCCAUUUGACGGGUACAGCGCGCAUCCUAAACACAAUAUCGUCCUUCGGCUCAUCGGGAGGGCUGGGCGAGGCAGCGGCCUGGCUCUGUCUCCGUGAAGAUAUAUACAUCUCGCUCAUCGCGCAAAAGCCGCUGCGGACGAAUCUCGAGAGCUUCCACCGGUCCACUGUCUUUGUGAGGAAUGACGACUUUGCAUGGGCCAGUCGGAUGGUCUUUCUGCUGGCGAAAGUCCUCAGUUGUGCGUUCAAUCCUGGUGGUCACGAGCCAUCUGGAGAUCCUAGCGGGCUGCAGGGAUUGGCACAGGAAGUGGAGGCCUGGAACAAUGCAAAGCCUGCGUCUUUCGACGCGAUACGCUCCGUACCACGCGGGAAGGAUGUGCAGCAGCGAUUGCCCGAGAUCUGGAUGUUGCUGCCUGUCCACGUUGUCGGGGCACAGUACUAUCACAUCGCCAAGAUCGUUCUGGCCGUCACCACUUGCCCCAGUCCCGCGCUGGUUGCUCAGAACUUCCAAGUUUCCAGACACAUCGAGAAAGUAGUCAGGCACCACCUCUUCAUGGUCCUCGGCUUGGCCAAGUCCAACCCCAAAGCGGAGAAUACGCUGUUCACUGCGCGUCAUAGUCUUGUGGCAUGGGGUUGGGUCAUUCGACGGCGAGAGGAUCAGGAAGCUGCCGAGGCUCUUUUACGUGACAUGGAAACGAGGACUGGCUGGGCUGUCACGCAAGCGAUUCAGGCUUUACGGGAGCAGUGGGCCGACGAUGAUUCGGACUGCUAA